AUGAGCAACGAAAUCAAAGAUAAUGAGGAGAUUCAUUCCGAUAAGGAGAAUAGCCAUGAAGUUUCGCAAGAGAACGAGCAAUCAGUGUCAAUCGAAAAUGGUCAAAUAGAAGAGACAACUACUGCACAACCAACAGAUGAGCGCGAUCAUCAAACAGAAAUUGAAUCUGAAAAUCCUGAACUUGCAAAAGAAGCAACGUUUACCGAUGUCGAUAUCGACAAAACAGAGGAGGAAAACAAAGAAGAUAACAUAGAAGAACAUGAUCAAUCAACAUCGCAACCCCCAGCUCCUUCCGAAGAACACUCAUCAAUCGAAGAGAAUACAUCAGAAGCAGUGCCGCUCCCUGAAGAAAAUCAACCAGCAGAACCAGUGCAAUCAGAGAACUCAUCAGCUCUACUUACAGCGGAAGAAGAUUCAUCUACAGUAACCGCAACUGAAAAGAAUGAAACACCUGUCGUUCGUAUACAAUCUCAACAAUCAAAUGGAUCCGAUGAUGCCAAUCAUCUUCUACAAACGAUAGCAGACAAAUCGAAUAAGGAAGCAAGUUCUGCUAUCUUAAACACACUUGUCGAAGGUGAUUUCGAUUUGGAUAAAAAUUAUAUUAUACAAAAGCCGAGGAAUUUAACUGAAUUAUUCGCUGUUUUCAAUAAAAUGUCUUCAUCGCUACAAGCUGAACUGCUCAGUGUGCUAAUUGGUAUAAUGCGCAAGAGUGAACGAAAUCUUCUAGCAUCCGUUGAUGCUCAAAUCUAUGGGAAAGUCUUAGAAGUGUUGAAUGAAACAGAUGACGACGUAGUUGCUGAUCUCUUAGUAGAUAUUCUUACAGUUUUAACGUCAUUAACCAUCAAUGUUCACGAAUUGAAACUUCUUCUACGCUAUUUGAAAACUGAAAAUCGUGUUUGGAAAAAGCAUGCAGUUAAAUUGUUGAAUAUCUUCAAAAAUCUCCCACAUCGACAUGGACCUGAUGAAUUUUUUAAUUUUCCUGGUCGAAAUGGUUCCGGUAUUGUUCUACCACCCAUCAAAACAUGGCCAUAUCAGAAUGGCUUCACCAUUACAACAUGGUUUCGUAUUGAUCCCGUGGCAAAUAGUGUCAUCGAAAAGGAAAAACCUUAUCUCUACUGGUUUUGUACAUCGAAAGGUCAUGGUUACACCGCACAUUUCGUCGGCAAUUGUCUCGUCAUUUCAUAUUCGAAAUUAAAAGAAAAAGCGUUUCAACAUUGCAUCCAAUAUGAAUUCAAACCUCGAGAAUGGUACAUGAUUUCCUUCGCACAUCAAUAUCAACGUUGGGGCAAAAGUAGUAUUCAUUGUUACAUCAAUGGCCAACUCGUGUCGAAUGCCUAUUUUCCUUGGAGUAUCGAAAGCGGUGAUCUGUUUGAUAAGUGUUACAUCGGUUGUACACCUGAUCGCAAUGAUUUAACAAGUUUCUCUGGUCAAUUAUCUACGUUUUAUCUGUUUAGCAUCUAUUUGGACGCAAUGAUUAUUCAAGGUUUAUAUAAACUAGGACCGGCAUAUAAAAAUCAACUUAAAUUCGAAAAUGAAAGUGCACAUGUUUUAUCUGAAGCACAACGUAAAGCGAUGUACGAUGGCAAGUUGAUGAAUUCAAUCGUCUUUAAUUACAAUCCCAUAGCGUGCGAAGAACAACUCGUUCUCCAGGCAGGACCGAAAAUGAAUGUUUCACAUUUUGUUCACACGGCUCAUGCGCAAAUGUUAAGCAAUGUUCGAUCGGUCAUCACACAUUCGAUCUAUUCGACAUUGCACUCCGUUGGCGGUAUACAAGUCUUCUUUCCACUGUUUGGUCAGAUUGACCAUCAGCAGACCGAUGGAUCGACCAAUUACAAUGUGUGUGGUAUUCUUCUGACAACUUUGUGUGAAUUAAUUGAACGAUCAUACACGAUUCAACAUCAAAUGUUGAAUUCGAAAGGUUUUCUUGCAAUUGGAUAUCAUCUUGAAAAGGCAUCAAAACAACAUAUUAAUAUGGAUGUUCUCAAUUCUCUCAUCUCUUUAACAACGUUCUUUGUCAAAAUUCAAAGCAAAAAUAGUCCCUUGCUGCUCAAACAAUUAUUUGUUCAUAUAUUUUUCAAUCCAGGCAUCUGGAUCUACUGUUCAGUCGACGUUCAAAUGCGUUUAUAUACAUAUUUAGCAACAGAAUUCGUUAGUUAUUCAGAAAUUUACAAUUUGAUUCAACCGAUCAGUGGAAUAAUUCAAACAUUACAUACGAUCAAAUUUUUCUAUUGGAUUGUUGAUCCCAGUCAACGAAGUGGUUAUCAACCAAAAGGAUGUGAUGGAAAUCGACCAACGCGGGAGCAAAUUAUUGAAAUGCGACGUUACAUGUUGUUGUACUUAAAACAAUUAGUUAUAAGUAGUGCAGGAACACAGGAAGAAGAACUUCAAGCGAUUAUCAAUUAUCUACAUACAGUUCACGAGGACGAGAAUCUCAUUGAUGUUUUGAACAUGGCAGUCAAUCUCAUGUCUGAACAUCCAAAAACAAUGGUACCUGCAUUCGACCGUCGAAAUGGAAUUAGAACGGUUUUCAAAUUAUUAGCAAGUAGCAGCGAAUCAAUCCGGCUACAAGCUUUAAAAUUAUUAGGAUUUUUUCUUCAACGAAGCACAUUAAAGCGAAAAAGUGAUUCAAUGCAGCCGUAUAAUCUUUUUUCUUUAUUGGCUGAUCGACUCUUACUUCAUCCCAAUAGUUUUACCAUGGCCUCAUAUAAUGUUCUCUUUGAAAUACUUGUGGAAAGAAUCAGUGGGUUAAUGGUAGAAAAACGAAGUUCGGAAAUUACAGCCGAUUGGAGAAUUGAAAAUUCAUCGAUGAUCAAAGUCAUUGCAACAUUACUCCGAGAUAUACCAGACUCAAUUCAUCUAUAUGAUAUCAAAAUACGGUUUCUUGACGAUUUACUUCUCCUUUCAUCGACAAGCCGAGAAAAUCGAAGAAUUAUUCUUCAAAUGUCCGUUUGGCAAGAUUAUUUACUUGCUCUUGCGUAUGUUUAUCCAACUAGUGACAUACAAACUGAAAUAACCGAUCGAGUUUUUCAAUUGUUAAAAUUAUUAUUAUAUCAUGCUAUUAAAUUUGAAUACGGAGGAUGGCGAGUGUGGAUUGAUACGCUAUCAAUUUUGCAUGGACGGGUGACAAGAGAAGACUAUUAUAAGAAAAUCAAUAAAAUGGUCGAAAAUGCGAAAGAGAACGAUGAGAAUGAACCAAAACAAUCACCGUCAACACCAACAGCAAGUGGCUCGGAAACUCCAGUUGACGGGCAAUCAGCAGCUACGCCAACAAAAUCAACAUCUAAUCGUCAGGUCUUUAAAAGCAGUCGAUUGUUACCAUUUACAAUCUCGGAAUUCAAAUAUUCUCCACUGCAUCUUCGUCUGUUAAAUAGUGUGUUCGAUUCGAUCGAAAGCGAUGUUCGUUUAUGGCGAUCUGAUACAACAAGACCAAUCACUGAUGCUAUCAAUCAUACCGAUAACCAGAUAUUUUGCGUGAAUGUUGUACAUAUUAUCUCUCAAAUGGCCGAUGUUCUAUGCAAUGCGUGUGGAGGUCUCUUACCUUUACUUGCUAGUGCAACUUCAGCAACUCAUGAAAUUGAAAUCUUAGAAAACACCGAAGGUUUAUCAUCAACUGAAGCCUUGAGAAUUCUCAAACGUGUCAUGGGCUUGUCCGAUUUGUUCAUUCUUGCUAAUUCGGGAAGCUUCUCCGAACUGGAACAAGAAAAGAGUAUGCCUAGUGGUGGUAUAUUAAGGCAAUGUUUACGUUUAACAAUGACCAAUGCUGUUCGUCACUGUAUGGAAUGUCGUUUUCAAAAAUAUGAUGCAUCCAAAACCAAUUUGACACUAUUAACACCAAAGGGAACGAUUCGAGACCCACUUGAAAUAAUUCUCGAACUAACUUAUUUGAUGCAAACAAGUGAAAAUGACAGUAAUGAUGAUGAUAUUUCUCAAUUGAUUGCCUCGUUUAUCAAAAAUCCGGAAUCAGUUCUCCAAGAACUGGACAUUCAACGUUUACGUGCGAUUAUUUAUCGUGAUGUGGAUGACACUAAACAAUCACAAUAUUUAGCACUGGCAAUCGUGUACUUUGCAUCGGUUCUGAUGGUGUCGAGAUAUCGAGAUAUCAUUGAAUCGAAUCAAACAAGUUUAUCAAGACAAACAUCGGUUGCUAGCACACCAGCUGCUAUUCGAAAUGGUUCAACAAGUGAAUCAAACGUUGAUACUGCCAGUGUGAAUGGUGUGACACCCCUGGCAACAAAUCAUAAGAAUAAUAUUGAGAAAUCGCAUGAAUCAACUGCAGCUGAUGAUACAAAGAAUGGCAUUGACACUGAAGAUUCACAAUCGACAGAUCAAACAUCAAUCGAUACGAACAAUGCUACCACACAAUAUGCGAGCAUUGCAAGUAUUCCUACCGAUGCUUCGGCACCCAUCGAUCAAAGUCAAUUACCUGAAACUAAACUUCCCGAUUAUCCGAAAGCAAAUUUCAAUACAACCGAACGAUCAGUUGUGAAUAUAAGUGAAAAAUUAGAACGAACAUUAUCGAAUAUUGCUCCGUUCCUUCGUGAUAUUUUUAUUGAAUUCUCACAUAUUCUCACAAAAACUCUAGUUGGCUCCCAUGGACAAGAGCUUUUGCCUAGCGGUUUACAUGCCCUCAAACAAACGGCAUCAGUUAUCGAACUUGUCAUGCUUCUAUGUUCACAAGAAUGGCAAAAUUCAUUACAAAAACAUGCAGGUCUAGCUUUUAUUGAAUUGGUCAACGAAGGACGUUUACUUGCGCACGCUAGUAAAGACCAUGUUGUCAAAGUUGCAAACGAAGCGGAUUUUAUUUUGAAUCGAAUGCGUGCUGAAGAUAUACGUAAAGCAAGUGACUUCGAGCAACUCUCUGCUCAGACGACGGUUGAACGCAAGGAAGAAGAACAACUUUGUGAUCAUUUUAUCACUGCUGCACGUCAACGACAUCAAGUCAUCGCAUCGCGUUUGAAAGAAAAAUUUCUCGCAAUGAUGAUCAAUGACAAAACUGCCUAUUUGAAUAGCGCACGUCCAUUCUGGAAAUUAGAUUCAUGGGAAGACGACUUAAGACGUCGUCGACGUUUAGUACGUAAUCCAAAUGGAACAACACACAGUGAAGCAGCACAGAAAUCGACCUCGAACGAACACAAUGAUGAUCUAAUCACGACAGUUAUCAAAGAGGAAAGUUUAUUAAAACAAUUAAAGCAACAGAAAGCACAAAACUAUAAUCAGACAUUACCCGAGGAAGAUGAAAUGUUACAAGUCGAUGAAAAAGAUCUCGAUCAAGACUUCUCGGGUCCAAUACGGUUCUCAACCGAAUGUUCGUUGAUCUGUGGUACAGUUGUAGUACGUGGCACAUUGGCUAUUACACAUAAUGCCAUGUUAUUUGAUUCUGAUGAAUACGAUGACAGCUAUACGAAACUCGAUACAAAAAUGUUUCCUUAUGUGGAAAAUCUACAUGGAAAAUGGCAUUUCAAUGAAAUACGAGCUGUCUUUGCUAGACGACACCUUUUACAAGAUAAAGCAUUGGAAAUCUUUGUUUCAAAUCGAACCAGUACAAUGUUUGCGUUUACGGAUCGUACAGUGGUAAAAAAAGUAGUGAACUUCUUACCACGAGUUGGUGUUGGUGGUCGCUACGGACUACCACAGCAACGGAGAACAUCACUAGCGUCACCAAAACAAUUAUUUCGUUCUGCAAAUAUGACUCAACGGUGGCAACGACGAGAAAUAACUAAUUUUGAAUACCUUAUGUAUCUUAAUACAAUCUCAGGUCGAACAUAUCAGGAUUUGAAUCAAUAUCCGAUAUUCCCAUGGGUUAUCGCGGACUACGAGAGUGAAAAACUGGAUUUGAAUUCACCAUCCACAUAUCGAGAUCUUUCUAAACCGGUUGGAGCUCUCAAUCCUACACGAAAAGCGUUUUUCAUGGAACGUUAUAACAACUGGGAAUCGGACACCGUUCCGCCUUUCCAUUACGGUACACAUUAUUCAACAGCUGCAUUUACACUCAGUUGGCUGAUUCGAUUGGAACCUUUUACCACAUUUUAUUUAAAUCUACAAGAAGGAAAAUUUGAUCAUGCGAAUCGUACAUUCCAUUCGAUACCUGUUUCAUGGCAAAAUUGCCAACGCGAUUCAUCUGAUGUCAAAGAGUUGAUCCCUGAAUUCUUCUCAUUACCAGAAAUGUUCACCAAUUGUAAUCACUACAAACUUGGUCGUACUGAAGAUGGUCUCAAAGUCGAUAAUGUCAUUCUUCCUAAAUGGGCGCAAACACCCGAAGACUUCAUCCGUAUUAACCGAGCAGCAUUGGAAUCGGAAUUUGUUUCUUGUCAUUUGCAUCAUUGGAUUGAUUUAAUCUUUGGUUAUAAACAACGAGGUCCUGAAGCUAUUCGUGCAGUGAAUGUUUUCUAUUACUUGACGUAUGAAGGUGCAGUUAAUCUUGAUACGAUUACGAAUCCAACAGAUCGUGCUGCAAUUGAAACGCAAAUUAGAAACUUCGGUCAGGCACCUUCACAACUCUUAACAGAACCACAUCCACCCAGAAAUUCUGCAAUGACCUUAACUCCAAUGAUGUACAAUGUUACACCGGAAGAUGUGUCAAUGAUAAUGAAAUUUUCUUCGAAUGCGCCCAUCAUUCAUGUUUCCGCUAAUACAAAUCCAUCGCUUUCAUCUCAGAUUGUUGUCACCAUUAGUAAUAAACAUGAUUUUUCAAUGAAUAAAUACAAUCCCAAUGUUGGGUUAACUACGCAAAUAUAUCCCGAUUCAUCACAAGCAGCGGCCAGUCAACAGGCACAAUUACCAUUGAGCAUGGAUCCAGUUUUAGUCUCAAAUUUAAAUUUGAAUCGCCGCCAUUUGGGCGAUAAUUUCGACGAACGUAUUCAACAACGGCAUCAAAGUUUUGUUGUCACGGCCGAUAAUCGUUUUAUUAUAUCGACUGGCUACUGGGAUAAGAGCUUCAGAGUACAAAACACUGAUAUGGCCAAAAUUACACAAGUACUCUAUGGCCACUUUGAUAUUGUGACAUGUAUUUGUCGUUCGGAAACGACUAUGGCUGGCAAUUGCUUUCUUGCAACGGGUUCACGUGAUUGUGCAGUUUGUAUUUGGAUAUGGAAUGGAACUAAAGGUGCAAUCGUCGAUCGUGAAUAUCCAAAUCAAGAAAUCAAUCCAUCACCAGCAGCCAUUCUUACAGGCCACGAUACUGAAAUCACAUGUCUAUGGAUCUCGGCUGAGCUCGGAAUCGUUUUAAGUGGUAGCAAACAGAGUCUUGUGCUUCAACACACUCUCAAUGGCGAUAUACUACGAUCAUUUGAGAACCCAUCUGCCACAGCAACAUCACGUUUAUUAGCGUUAUCAAAUGAUGGCGAUAUCAUAGUCUGUUAUGAUCGAUCGAAAUUAUGUUUGUAUACACUGAAUGGUAAACUAAUGAGACAAGCGAUCUUCGAAGAUGAAACCAUUCAAAGUAUGGUAUUAAGCGCUGAUGGUCAGUAUACAGUCAUUGGUGGUGAUCGAGGUUAUGUCCAAAUCAUCCGAACACAUGAUUUACAACCGGUCUAUGCUUAUCCGCAAUGCGAUGCUAGUAUUCGUUCGUUGGCUGUUACACACGAUCAAAAAUACAUCAUGGCUGGCCUAUCAACAGGAUGUUUGAUUGUAUUCAAUGUGAAUUUUAAUGUUCUUGGUCAACCUCGCCGUGAACCAAGUACACCGACGGGAAAUGUUCAAUGA